AUGACCACCGUUGUCGCCAAUCCCCCGGCCCCGGCCCAGCAUGCGGCACCAGCGUCGGCAGACGGAGUAGGCUCGUCGAGGACAUAUGCUCCCAUUGCGCCCUCUACUCUCUCUCCCCACCAAGUGACGCCCAACUCUCGCUCUAAGCUGCCACCACGAGAAGAUGCUUCACCUACCUCCUCCAGUCCAGGUGCACAGCACAGAGCCGAGACAAAGCCCUCACCUCUUUCAGAUAUCAUGUCACUCAUGUCUAACCGUCCUUCCUCUCGCAGGUCUCGCGGCCCAGUACCCAAGGUCGUAGUCAAGAAGGAGCCCACAUCGCCAGACAUGCCCACCACCACAAGGCAUCGGCCCCAUCGCCUCAACCUAGCCAACCACAACAUCGUGCACUCCUCCGGUGCCCUCACUGCACGGCCCUCGGGCCAAGGCAGUGCAAACCUCCACGAUGUCGGCAUGGCCUGCCUCUCGCCUGGCUUCCACACCCAAGACCCCGGCAUGCGCGAGCAGCUGCAAAGAAGCUUGGAUGUAAGAGAACGUCAAAGGCAAAUCAUCGAAGCGCGCCAGAAGGGCGGCAAGGCUGGACCAUCUGACAUGGAAGACACACGGGGCACUGAGAUUGGUGCUUUUGGACGAACAAUCAAGACACCUCAAACUUCUCGCCGGAAGGGCCCACCGCCGGGUCUCUCCAUUGCGCCCCCCUCCCAUUCGUCUUUCUCCAACGACCGUGUAAUCCAGUCAGCGCCGAUAAACCAAACCUUCACGGGUCUGCGCGGCAAUGCACCGCCCUCGCGACAGCUUGCCAAUGGUCCCUCGAACCUCUCGCAAUCAUCACACAUCCACCAUGUACCAGCACAGCAAACCAACAACCGGUUACCGCCCAUCUCAGACGUCUUCCCAGAGCCCCUCGGAACAGCGCGGAACCCAUACCACCAGAGCAGCCCAGGACACUCAUCGCAUUCCAACGUCCAGCCCCCAAUGCCAUCACCAAGCUUCCCGCCUCCACAAUUUACACAGCCGCCCCCAACAUCAAGGCCUAGAGAAUACAAGUCCGCUGAGGAGGCUGUCCAACAACUAUCUGGGGGCCGUGAGGAUCUCCUGCCCCGUCUAAACGGAUCGUCAGCAUACCCAUCGAGGCCCGAUCUGCAUCGCAGUGGCAGCUCGCGGAGACGCGGCCGCGACGAAUACGAACAAGACAACGGUACCCCGCCGCUAGGUCGCCAACAACCACGUCUCGGUCCCUUCGGCGCCGGCCGUGACUCACCAGAAACUCAACUGAAAAAGAAGGAAGAAUUCAUUGGACUGUGUGCAAGAGCUUGGGACCUAUUUCACUCAUGA